AUGGCCUCGAAUCUGUCCACCCGUGCGGUCAGGGCCGCCCGCAUUGCACGGUCUGCACCCGGUCCUCUCGCGACGCUCACCCCUCGCCGCACCUUCGUCACAGAGCCGGACGUCCCAACCGCCGAGUCGGACAAGCCCCCGGGGGGCUUCCAUGUGAAUUCGGAUCCAGGAGUUCUGGAUAAGUUCUAUAUUCAAAUGCUGGGUAAUGGGGGUGAUAAGAUGCUGUCCGACGAGGUCAAGUGGCUGGCCGUGACGCACAAGAGCUUCGACCAAGGACGCCGCGGAUUCAACGACCGUUUGGCUUUCCUAGGAAAACGCAUUGUGCAACUGCAGGCCUCUCUCGCCCUCGUCCAGAACCCCGAGGCCGUGCCCUCGACUCAACCCGAUGAGUUUGGCCGCAAGCCUUUCGAACAUGAAGCCUUGAACGGCUUGCAGAACCUCUCCCCCCGGACCAAGAGCGCCCUUACCGAUCGGACGAAACUGGCCGAACUUGCACAGAAAUAUCAGAUGCACAAUAUCAUUCGUUGGAACCCACGGCUGCCUGAGAACCUGAACGAGUCCGGAAUCGAGUUGGUCCUGGGACAGACCUUGUACGCGAUCAUUGGCGCCAUCGCCUUGGAGAAGGGAGGGCAGGUUGCCAACAAGGUGGCACGCGAGCGGAUUCUCGAGCCUCUGGGAUUCAAGGCAGUCCUGUGA